AUGGAUCUGAAACCGCAGAAUAUUCUCCUCUCAGACGAUGGAAACUGUCGUCUCGCUGAUUUUGGACUAUCGCGAAAGAUUCCACCUGGACAGAAGGUUUGCGAGAUUUCCGGCACGCCUGAAUACACUGCUCCAGAAAUAUUGGAUUAUUCACCGGUAACACCUGCUGCCGACAUUUGGUCGCUCGGCUGUGUUAUUUAUGUCAUGCUGACGGGACUCUCACCUUUUGCCGGAGAAGACAUUCAAGAUACUUACUUAAACGUGAGCCAAGUUGACUUAGACUUCGAUGACGAAGAAUGGGAAGACAAGAGCCAGGCCUCGAUCGACUUGAUUUCCUCGCUUUGCCAAGCGAGACCAAACAAUCGACCGGAAGCCAAAGAGGUCUUGGAGCAUGUUUGGCUUAGUACGAACGCACCUCUUAGAUCUUUGAGACCCGUCGAAGCCAGCGACGAAUGUGAGCUGAUACUACCUACACAACCAACUAAAGAAAGUCCUCCCAAACAAGCUCCAGAGUCAGUUGUUGCUGAUGAGAUAAUUGUAAAGAACCGACGGACAAGGCGCAAUCGCCGCAGCCAGCAGGAGUUGGAAAAAAACAAUAUUGACCAUCGACGAGAAGCGGCUGCGCAUUAA